GGGGGCAGGAGGGCCGGCGGCGGGGGGGCCGGGGCGCGCGCGCGCCGCCGCUCCCCCUCCCUGCCGUCCGCGCACACACGCGCACACACGCCCGCUCCCACCGCGCUCACGCGCACACACGCCCGCCCGCGCGCUCACUCCCCCAGCCCCACGCACGCACCGGCCCGGGAGGCAGCGGCGGCGGCUCCGCUCGGCGCUCGGCUCGGGGCGGCCCCCGCCCACGGACGGUCCCGCCCGCCCCAGGUCAGCCCAGCGCUGCGCGGGCGGCCCCCGCCCCGCCGGGCCCGGGCUCGCCCCCAGCCCAUGCCCCGCGGCGGCGGCGGCGGGGACAGCGCGGACAGCGCGGACAGCAGAGGCAGCGGGCAGAGCGGCGCCCCAUGAGCCGGCGGAGCGCCGCGGGCGAGGCAGCCAGUCGGGGCCGGGGGCCGUUCUGAACCCCGGGGGGCGGGGAGGGGAGAGCGCUCCGCGCGGGACCAUGUACCGGGACCCGGAGGCGGCCGGCGGCCCAGGGGCACCCUCCCGGGACGUCCUGCUAGUGUCCGCCAUCAUCACCAUCAGCCUUAGCGUCACCAUCGUCCUGUGUGGGAUCUGUCAGUGGUGUCAGCGCAAACUGGGCAAACGCUACAAGAAUUCCCUAGAGACCGUGGGCACCCCAGACUCUGGGCGUGGGCGCAGUGAGAAGAAGGCUAUCAAUGAUGUAGACAGAGAAUUUUGGAAUAACAAUGAGAGCACAGUGCAGCAGAAAUGGAGCUCCUAUCCUCCCAAGGAGUUUAUCCUAAACAUUUCACCCUACGCCCCUUAUGGUGAUCCACGCCUGUCCCUCAAUGGCACCCUCCUGGCAGGCGCCAGAGUGGCCGCCGCGGCGGGGCUGGCGGUGGAACGGGAAGGCCGGCCAGGGGAGAAGCAGGCGCCGCCUCCGCCGCUGCCCAUAGAGGACGCCAUGAGGAGCAGCGUGUCUGCCCACAGCGAGCCCGGCAACGGGAAGGCGGGGAGAGGCCGAUGGCACACGGUGCAGAGCCACCUCGCCACAGGGAAGCUCAGCCGGUCCAAUUUCGAGGAUUCCACCUUGUCCACGGCCACUACUCUAGAGUAUAUCCCCAGCUCGGCGGGGGACCCGAAAUGCCAGCGACCCCGCACCCUGCUCCGGCAGCAGAGCCUCCAGCAGCCACUGAGUCAGCACCAGAGGGGCCGGCAGCCCAGCCAGCCUACCACCAGCCAGAGCCUGGGGCAGCUCCAGGCCCACACGGGCCCGGCCCCGGCUGCCACCAAUCCCCGCGCUCAGGGCCGGGGCCAGGCCCGCCAGGGCGCCGCGGCCGGUUCCAAGUACCGGGCGGCAACCGGGGGCCGCGGCCGCUCCAACCCAGGCAGCUGGGACCACGUUGUGGGGCAGAUUCGAAACCGAGGCUUGGACAUGAAGUCCUUCCUGGAAGGCCGGAUGGUGGUGCUAUCCUUGGUCUUAGGGCUCUCGGAACAGGAUGACUUUGCCAAUAUCCCUGACCUGCAAAAUCCAGGACCUCAACAGAACCAGAGCGCUCAGGGGGACAAGAGGUUGCCAGCAGGCGGGAAGGCGGUGAAUACGGCCCCCGUCCCGGGUCAAACCCCCCACGAUGAGUCCGACCGGCGCACGGAACCACGGUCUUCUGUAUCGGACCUUGUCAACUCCCUCACCAGCGAGAUGCUCAUGCUGUCCCCAGGCUCGGAGGAUGACGAAGCCCACGAAGGCUGCAGCCAGGAGAACCUGGGCCGGAUCCAGUUCAGCGUGGGCUACAACUUCCAAGAGUCCACCCUCACCGUGAAGAUCAUGAAAGCCCAGGAGCUGCCAGCCAAGGACUUCAGCGGUACCAGCGACCCCUUCGUCAAGAUCUACCUGCUCCCCGACAAGAAGCACAAGCUGGAGACCAAGGUCAAGAGGAAGAACCUGAACCCCCACUGGAACGAGACCUUCCUCUUUGAAGGCUUCCCCUAUGAGAAGGUGGUACAGCGGGUGCUGUAUCUACAGGUCCUGGACUACGACCGCUUCAGUCGGAACGACCCCAUUGGGGAGGUGUCCAUCCCUCUCAACAAAGUGGACCUGACCCAGAUGCAGACAUUCUGGAAGGAGCUGAAGCCAUGUAGCGACGGGAGCGGAAGUCGAGGGGAGCUGCUCCUGUCCCUGUGCUAUAACCCCUCUGCCAACUCCAUCAUCGUGAAUAUCAUCAAAGCACGGAACCUCAAAGCCAUGGACAUCGGGGGCACAUCUGACCCCUACGUGAAGGUGUGGUUGAUGUACAAGGACAAGCGAGUGGAGAAGAAGAAGACAGUGACCAUGAAGAGGAACCUGAACCCUGCUUCAAAGGUCUCCUUUGACAUCCCCCAAGAGAACUGUACCCCUGGGGCCUCGGCCCCCGGCUCACCUGGGGGGGUGGGACGGAUGAAACCCAGGGGCUCCUGCCGGUCCGUGGCCUGUGCCCGGCACCACGGCCCACUCCGGGGGGCUGAGGUUUGGGCCAUGACAGCCUGCAAAGACUGUGUCCCCCCUUGCUUAACAGAAGUUCGGAAGGGCCUCCCAGCCCCAGAGGGUCAGGCCACCCUGAGCCAAAGUGUCCCCCUGCCAUCCACCACGUCCCGAAGUUAG